AUGCAAAACAACAAAAGAAAACAAGUUUCUUCUGACUUAGCUUCUAAUACUUCGAAAAUUAGAAAAUACGUUACUUCAGACAGCUGCAAGUUGAAUAUUCGUGACAAAUAUUGGAGUAUGCUCAUUCCUAUUAACGAAGAAACAAGUGAUCGAAUCGGUUCUAUUUACCUCGAGGCGGAAUAUCAAACAUUCGGAAAGAACGAAACCCACAAUGGUUACCAACAUAUGCCAAGCGAUUAUGAACUUUAUUGCAUGUUAUCUAAGAAUGAACACGGAAUGAAGAUCACAAAAAUAUGUGGAAACGUAACUUACAUCAAUCCGAAAGGAGAAGAUUUAAUUUUAAAUAAUGCUGGUGAUAAUACCGUCAUUGUUGAAGGUUGCCUAUUCCUAAUAUACCUUAAUGAAUUUACUGCACAAUUUAAAUUUCUUCUUUGGGAUUGUCACUGUGGAAGCGUUAUGUUAUAUGACAAAGAUGAUGAAAUCACUAUUAAAGGUCAGGAUGAAGAAGAAAUACCAAACAAAGAUAAUUUACAAUGUGCAGUUCAUAAGUACACAAUAAUUCGUCAAUUAGGGCAGAUAAAAGAUGGAACUUUGUAUGAUCUUAUUAAAAAUGAACACAGGUUUACCAAGGAGGAAUUAGUUUCCCUUGAAUUUCAUGAAAAAGGACUUGUAUAUAGGGAUUUAAAACCAGCCAAUAUUCUAGUAGAUUUAUCAGUAACUCCCUUUAACGUAAUCUUAUGUGACUUUGGACUUUGCAAGGAGGCCGAAAAAAUUAUGCCUGGGAGACCUGGUGGAACGAAAACUUAUUGUAUGCAAGAUUUAUUUGAAUUAUUAAUAUAUUCUAAAAAUGGAAUGGUAUUAUUAGAAUGCAUUAUGAAUAAUAAAUUUUAUGGUUAUGCUAAAGAUUUUCAGGAUACUUCUUCAAUGAGGCAAAAACAAAUUAUUGAAAAGGUUUGUGCUCAGUAUUUUGAAAGAAAACAUACAUGGAUAAAGAAAAUAAAUGAUGAAGGUGAUUUAUGA